AGCUGCCGAGGUUGCAAAAGCUGUCUUUGACAGCUAUAUACGAGUAAUUGCACUUUGUCAUAGACACAUCAUCAUCAAGAAUCAUCAUCAAGACAUCAUCAUCAAGAAUUUUGUUUACCUAUUGUAUACCUCUGGUGGCUGCCUUAAAUUUUAAAAGAAAAAAAAAACCUUUAUAUGUUGAAUUCCUUGCUCAGGGAGGAUACGGAUGGGUGUCUUUGGUUUAUGAUGAUGUUCAAUCUCGUGCAUUGGCUGUUAAGUGCACAACUGAAACCAGCGAGAUGGAACUCGGAUGGUGGCCAAAGUUACAUCAUCCCAACAUCUUACCACUCCUAGAGUACAUCACUCUUGAUGCUUGUACCGUCUUCAUCAUGCCAGCCAUGAGGAAGGAUUUAUGGAUGUGUGUUAAUGAGCCACGUUUUUAUAGCGAAGAACUGAGUUUCGGACUCUGUCGAAUCUGGCUUCGAGACGUGGCCACUGCGCUUGACCAUCUGCACGAACAUGGCCUCUGCCAUCUCGAUCUGAAAUUGGACAACGUGUUUCUGAAGCCGGAUGGGUAUGCCUGUCUGGGUGACUUUUCGCUCUUGUCCGACCUAAAGGAAGUGCCUGAAGGAUUUCAUUUUCUCGAGUUGUACGAGCCUCCUGAGUAUACUCACUGGUGCCACGGCGUGCCACCUCCUGCAUUAUCCUCUGGCACCAAAUUCGGAGGUGAUAAAGCAGAUAUGUGGCAGUUCGGUAUUCUCUCCGUUGACCUGCUUACAAAUCUCAAACUCAGCAGCUCAAAGAGUUCCUACUUUUCAAUGUGGCACCACGACGUUUGGCCUUUCAUUGAAAAGAUUCUGUUACACAAGGAAUACCUUGACUAUCUGCUGGAAGACAGCUUUCAGAAUGUUAUAUUUUCCGCUGAGGACUUCGAACUGUGCCAUGACUUCAUUAAUAAGAUCCUGUGUAUGAAUCCCGAUUCGCGCAUCAGCGCUCGUGAAGCCAUGAGCCACGAAUUUGUGAACGUCCCAUGGCCUCAACUACCUGCUGCUUUCAGUUUGCCGACACUCGUUAUUGAGCAUGUACGCACACCUAGACUUUCGAUAAUUGAGGAAAUGAAAGAGGAGAAAAAACUUCCAGAUCCCGCUGCAAUGUCAUCUCAAGAACUCGAAGAGGUCAUGAUGGAACCUCAGGAGGAAGACGACUUACAGGCCGUGUCAUCCAUAGAUGCCAUAGAUAUCCUCAAGAAGAAAAUGAAGAAAAUAAAAAGAGAGAAGAUAGUCCGAAGAGAAUCCAUUGCAGAAGCAGAUCGACAUGUUGCUGAGAUAAAACCAAAGCCUCUAGUUAAAAUUAUACCAGAAAAAAAGGAAGCAGAAGAUUCCGUUGCCACAACUUCAGAAAAGAAGAAAACAAUAUCAACUGCAAAUAAACCGAGGCCUUCUAUAUCAGUGGCAACUUCCACAUCAAAGGAUGCUUCUACACCAAAGACAGCUUCCAUAUUAAAGAGAGCUUCAACAUCAAAGACAGCUUCUACACCAAACAAAACUUUCGCAUCGAAGAGAGCUUCUAUGUCAAAGACAGUUUCUACACCAAAGAGAGCAUCUACACCAAACACAGAUUUCACAUCAAAGAGAGCUUCUAUAUCAAAGACAGUUUCUACACCAAAGAGACCUUCUUCACCAAAGACAGCUUCCACAUCAAAUAGACCUUCUAUAUCAAAGACAACUUCUAUACGAAGAAGAUCUUCUUCACCAAAGACAGCUUCUACACAAAGAAGAUCUUCGUCACCAAGGACAGCUUCUACACGAAGAUCUUCACCAAAGACAGCUUCUACACGAAGAAGAUCUUCUUCACCAAAGACAGCUUCCAUAUCAAAUAGAGCUUCUAUAUCAAAGACAGCUUCUACACAAAAGGCAGCUUCAACAUCAAAGCCAGCUUCUACAAGUGUAAAAUUUCGUCAGACACUGGAUAAAAAAUCGCUUGUCAAAUAUCAUGAACCCCAGCCAUCAUCAUUCGCUAAGAAGAAGCCACCUGACAAGAAAUCGAAGAAAGACCAAAAAUGAAGCUUAAUAAUUCCUUAUUCGCACUUCAUGGUCAUUAUAAAAUGAACAGCAAUUCCAGUUCCUUCCUGCAAUUCACAAUUUUACUUUUAACAGAAUUUUCGGAAACUUUUCUCUAAAUUCUUGGCGUCCUUUGUAAAUCUGAGACUUCAUUGCAGAAUAAAA